UGGGAGAACAGGAGGUAAGAGAAAACGUAAAUGCUGCUCUCCGUGCAACAGCCGGAGCAGCUUGAGCACCUCUCUCUGAACUAGAUUCCGUGAAGCGUUCGCGGAAAAGAAAGAGGAGCAAGGAGACGAAUAGCGAAGAUCGCUGACAGUCCUUCACCAUGAUCUCCGCCGGCAAGCUCAAAUCCGUCGACUUCUAUAGGAAAAUUCCGAGAGACUUAACAGAGGCAUCAUUGUCAGGUGCAGGAUUGUCCAUCAUUGCAGCACUUUCCAUGGUUUUUUUGUUUGGAAUGGAACUAAGCAACUAUAUGGCAGUACGCACGACCACAACUGUUGUUGUUGAUAGGAGCAUGGACGGGGAUUUCUUACGCAUUGAGUUCAACAUGAGCUUUCCUGCUUUAUCUUGUGAAUUUGCCUCUGUUGAUGUAAGCGACGUGUUGGGCACAAACAGGUUAAACAUCACAAAGACUGUCCGAAAAUUUACAAUUGACCGUAACCUAAAGGCAACAGGCUCUGAGUUUCAUUCUGGUCCUAUCCCUGAUAUCCUGAACCAUGGUGAUGAUGUUGAGGAAGACUUUGGUGAAGGGGCACCUUCUGUGAACUCAGUUGCCUUUGACAAAUUUGUGCACCAGUACCCAAUUUUGGUCAUUAACUUUUUCGCCCCAUGGUGUUACUGGAGCAGCCGCUUGAAACCAUCAUGGGAGAAAGCAGCUAAAAUAAUGAGAGAGAAGUAUGACCCUGAAGCAGAUGGAAGGAUACUCUUGGCCAAGGUUGAUUGCACAAUGGAGGUGGAUUUGUGUAGAAGGCAUCAUAUACAGGGCUAUCCAUCCAUCAGGAUCUUCCGUAAAGGAACUGAUGUCAAGGAAGAUCAUGGACAUCAUGAACAUGAGUCAUACUAUGGCGAUCGUGACACAGAUAGUCUUGUCCAGGCAAUGGAAGCCUUGGUUGCCCCAAUUCCAAAGGAAUCUAACAAACUUGCAUUGGAGGAUAAGUCCAAUGGGACCAUAAAUGCAGUAAAGCGCCCUGCACCUUCAGCUGCAGGCUGCAGAAUUGAGGGUUUUGUGCGUGUUAAGAAGGUUCCAGGCAACCUUGUCAUAUCAGCUCAUUCAGGAGCACACUCAUUUGACGCAUCCCUUAUGAAUAUGUCUCAUGUUGUCAACCAUUUCUCAUUUGGAAAGAGACUUUCUGCAAGAAUGCUGCAUGAAGUGAAGCGCCUUACACCAUAUCUUGGUGGAAGUACUGACCGUUUAACAGGAACAGCUUAUAUAACCAGACAAGGAGAUGAAAAUGCUAAUGUUACUAUUGAACACUACCUUCAGAUAGUUAAGACUGAAGUUGUAUCAAGAAAGGCUAGUCAGGAAUUUAAAUUGCUUGAGGAGUAUGAAUACACUGCACACAGCAGUUUGGUGCAUAGUCACCACAUUCCUGUUGCUAAGUUCCACUUUGAGCUCUCUCCGAUGCAGGUAUUGGUGACAGAAGUGACUAGAUCUUUUUCUCACUUCAUAACAAAUGUCUGUGCCAUCAUUGGUGGUGUUUUCACGGUUGCUGGAAUAUUGGAUUCCAUCCUUCACAACACAAUGCGAUUGAUGAAGAAAGUAGAACUAGGCAAACACAUGUGAUAGGAAACUGUGUUGCUCAAGGAGGUGCCAAUUUUGCUCAAUUACACCUUCCGCAUAGGCCUCUGAAAUUUUUAGGUGCUCUAUAUUGUUCAUUCUUUCCCUUCUGUAACCUGAGAAUGUAAUAGUGAUAGGUCACUUUGGCGCCGUCAGAAAGUUAAUUUUGUUUCAGUUUCAUUAUUGAUUUAGGAUUGUAGAAAAGAUGUCUAAACCACCAUUGUUGUACUUUGCAAAUAAUAGCAAAUGGUGAAACCGCGCUAGCUUGGUCCAUGCAAAUUAAUCAA